AGCAGAAGCACUUGCUCUCUCAUGGCUUCUGCUAGCCUCACACUUCUGCUUCUUCUUUUUCCUAUUCUUCUUUCACUUGCCACGUUGGCCCAAGCUCAAGGCAACAUUACCUUAGACUUGUCUCUCACCGCAGAUGAUCGGAACUCCUCAUGGAAAUCACCCUCGGGAGAUUUUGCCUUGGGGUUCCAGAGGACUGCAGGAAAUGGGGGCUUCUUGUUGGCCAUAUGGUUCGAUAAGAUACCUGAUAAGACAGUUAUCUGGUCAGCAAACAGGGAUAAUUUAGCUCCCCAAGGUUCUAAGGUCGAGUUGACCCGGGAAGGGCGUUUAGUACUCAAUUCUCCGGGAGGGGAGGAGAUUUGGGCUGCAUCGACAAGUAUCGGAGCUUCCAAUGCCUCUAUGCUAGACACUGGAAACUUUGUCCUAGUGAACGAAACAGGCUUCAACUCGUGGGAGACUUUCAGUCAUCCUUCCGAUACAAUUCUACCUACGCAGGUAUUAAAUCAAGGGACUGAAAUCAUCUCCAGCUAUUCCGCCACAAACUACUCGAGCGGGAGAUUCCGGCUCAUCUUGCAGAGUGAUGGUAAUCUCGUUAUGCACACUCGCCCGGUCUACGAUCUCGGCUACUGGGAUUCCCAAACUGGAGGAAGUGGCUAUCAGGUGAUUUUUAACCAGACAGGUCAGAUCUACGUCACAGCGAGGAACGGUUCAUUGGUCUACAACAUAACAUCUGGCACGUUCUCGAGCAGGGAUCUAUACCAGAGAGCUGUCCUCGAGUAUGAUGGGGUGUUCAGGCAAUAUGUUUACCCAAGAAAUACAAGCUCGAGUUUGGGAUGGCCCAAGGCAUGGACCCUGGUUCCAUCCCCAGUCCCACCGAACAUCUGCACGACUAUGAGACAAUAUCUUGGUGCUGGGGCAUGCGGGUGGAACAGCUACUGUAUCCUUGGAGACGACCAGAGGCCCAGAUGCGAAUGCCCUCACAGGUACAGCUACAUUGAUCCAUCAAAGAAGAUGAAUGGAUGCAAGCCGGACUUUCUACCUCAGAGUUGUGAUGAAGGUAAGGUGGAAACAAAUUUAUUCACAAUCCGGGACAUGCCCAACGCAGACUGGCAGCUCUCUGAUUAUGAGCGAUAUGACAAUCAGGACGAGAACUUCUGCAGGCAGGUUUGUUUGGAUGAUUGCUUAUGCGCUGUUGCGAUAUUUCGACAGGGCAACUGUUUGAAGAAGAGGAUGCCUCUCUCUAAUGGAAUGGUCGAUCUCACUGUUGGAGGAAAAGCCCUCAUUAAGGUGAGGAUUGAUAACUCUACUUCGAAAACCUGCUUGGCUGCCCAAAGAAGAAAUAUAAACAGGCCAUUGAUUAUCAUUGGAUCAGCCAUCAUGAGCAGCUCUGCCCUGAUCCUACUGCUCUUAACCUUUCUGAUUUGGUUCCGAUACUUUCACGGGAAAAAGCCGGGAACCUCGCAAUCAUACCUGGUAAAUCGGUUCUCUAGUAUGCAGAGUUUUACGUACAAGGAGCUCCGAGAAGCGACUGGUGGGUUCAAAGAAGAGCUGGGAAGGGGAGCUUAUGGGGCGGUAUAUAAGGGAGUUCUCCCAUCAAGUGAGAGAAGUGUCAUAGCUGUGAAAGUGUUGGAAAGGAUUACUUCUGAUGGCGAUAGAGAGUUCAAGACCGAAGUGGACACGAUUGGACGGACCAAUCACAGGAACCUUGUCGAACUUAUUGGGUUCUGCAAUGAGGGGCAAAACCGCCUAUUGGUGUAUGAGUUCAUGCCUAAUGGUUCAUUGGCUGACUUUCUGUUUGGAGGUUCAAGGCCGAGCUGGUUCAAGAGGAUCGAGAUUGUCCGUGGGAUUGCGAGGGGCCUCUUGUACCUCCAUGAGGAAUGCAGCAAGCAGAUCAUCCACUGCGAUAUAAAGCCACAGAAUAUCCUCCUCGAUGAGUCUCUCACAGCAAAGAUUUCCGAUUUUGGAUUAUCAAAGCUUUUGAAGAUCGACCAAACACGAACAAUGACUGCAGUCAGGGGGACAAAAGGGUACCUAGCAGUAGAAUGGUUCAGAAGCAUGCCGAUUUCUGUUAAAGUGGAUGUCUACAGCUUUGGGAUUGUGCUGCUGGAGCUGAUUUGCUGCAGGAAGAACUGUGAGUUCGAAUUGAAUGACGAGGCUCAGAUGAUACUUUCUGACUGGGUUUACGAUUGCUACCAUGAAGAUAAGGUUGAGCUAAUUGUUGGGGGUGACGAGGAGAUGCUUGGAGACAUGAAUAGGGUGCGAAGAUUCGUGAUGAUAGCAAUGUGGUGCAUCCAGGAAGAACCAUCUAUGAGGCCAUCUAUGAAGAAAGUAACUCAAAUGCUUGAAGGGGUCAUCGAUGUUGCCAUUCCGCCAGGACCAUCCUCAUUUAUCAGUUCCAUCCAAUAGUUCUCUGCAUAAUCACGAUCAUACUUGGCCUUCUAAUAUUAUGUUUUUCUUUUUGGCUGAUCAAAAUCCAAACAUCUUAAUUGUAGAGAGAUGUGAUUGAGCAGAAAAGCUUGAAUUUGCAUUCAUUCUGAAAAAGUAUGUAUACAACUAUUCUAGCUGAUAAUAAAGGAAAAUAUUAUCUACUUCUAUACUAAGUUUAUUCUCUGUAUGGUACAUAAAGAUAUAUACAUAAAAGUAGAAACAAGAUAAUAGAAAGAAAGAGAUUC